AUGGCGGGGCUGCAGCGGUCCUGCGAGACGUUCCGGCGGUCGGGCUCGUCGGGGCUGGUGUGGGACGACAAGAACUUCUCGGGGGAGAUCAAGCCGGCGGCGGAGGACGACGCGGCGCGGGCAGUGGAGCGCAGCCGCUCGGCUGGGCACGCGCACGCCGGGUACAGGGCCACGGGGCGCGUGCCGCCCGCGCUCGACCCGCCGUCGCCGCGCGUCGCCGUCUGCGGCUUCUGCAGGCUCUUCGGCGGCGGCGGCAAGGGCAAGGGCAGGGCAAGGGCAGGGACGGCGGCAGCGCCAAAGCCAAGGGGAGGCGCCACUGAUCUUGUGCGUACCUCGGUACUAUCGGCAAUCGGAAGUUCGGAACGCGCUCCGAAUUUGGUAGCUUUUGUCUGUUAG